AUGAGAUCACGAAUACAAGCGGCUGAAAUGAGUUUCCUCCGCAAAGUGUCUGGGCUUUCCCUUUGUAAAGGACACAUGAUGCUUCAGCAGGGCUUGAAAUACAGCGGUUUGCGUUUCUUUUAUUUUGACAAGUCAUUGGGUGUCUUUAGUUUGCAUAAUUAAUUGUGCGGUUUUGCCAGGAAUAGGAAAGGAAAAUGGCGACAUAUGGGGUUAACAAUCAAGCACCUUGCUGAAAAGUGAACAAGCUCUUACGGUGUGUUUAUGGAACAAGGUCACGGAAAUGAUAAUAAAAUGCAAGAAGAUGCGAGAAGUUGCUAUUAAACCAAAGAGGGGCAGGACUUCUAGGUCAAACCAGAAGAGAAGGGGCUCCUCCACAACUCUAUGGCUGGAAGAGGAGAAGAGGUAAUGCUCAGAUAACAUGGCUGAGCAAAGACAAAGGGCCCUCUCCACCUCGGGAGAAGCACUGUACCAAAUUUUGGGCUUAGAGAAAGGUUCUGCACACGAGGAGAUAAAGAAAUCCUACAGAAAACUAGCUUUAAAAUACCACCCAGACAAGAAUCCUGACAAUCCAGAGGCUACUGAAAAAUUCAAAGAAAUCAACAAUGCUCAUGCAAUCUUGACUGAUGUGACAAAGAGAAAUAUUUACGACAAGUACGGCUCGUUAGGUCUCUAUGUGGCAGAACAGUUUGGCGAAGAGAAUGUUAACACAUACUUCAUGCUGUCCAGCUGGUGGGCAAAGAGUCUCUUUGCAAUUUGUGGACUGCUUACGGGAUGCUACUUCUGUUGCUGUUUGUGCUGUUGCUGUAACUGUUGCUGUGGGAAAUGCAAACCCAAAGCAGCUGGUGGUGAAGACUAUGACUGCUAUGUCUCUCCUGAAGACCUUGAAGAACAAAUUCGGACCGACAUGGAAAGAGAUGGAGAUACACCAAUUGUGAUUCAGCCAACCAAUGCUAGUGAGAAAACACAGCUGAUUGGAGAUGGUCAUCGCAGUUAUAAUACAGAAUCGUACAACUGAAGAAGCAACAAAGGACAGCUGAAAAGAGACCAAUAAACAUCUGAAUUUUACACAUACAUUCUGGAAUUAAUUAUUUCACAUAAGUAUUUAUUAUUCACCCUUGUCUGUGGUAGUUUACCAACAGCACAAACUGUAUGAUGGUUGUAAUUAUCUGACUUUCUGCGUUAGUAAAUGUAAAUAUGAAAAUGUCCAAUAAUGUGGAUUGUUUGAAGAAAACUUAUCUUAUAAUAAGUCAUUAAAACUCCAGAAAUUUCAUGGUGUAAAUCUUAAGAGAUAUGAUAAAAGUGAAGAACAAUGUCAGUAUUGUAUAUAAAAAGGUAUUGCAGCUCACCAUAACUUUUUCCACGGUGUGUAACUUAACUGUACCGCUUGAAAGAAGUGACCCAUGUACUGCUUCAGUGAUGAGUUUAUAGUUUUAUUUAUUUUUAAAUAUACAGUUUGAUGCUAUGAUGUUUAGAUUGUAAUGAUUUACUCCAAGUGUAUUUUUAUUCUACAGUAUACAUUCAAAGAACAAGCAGAAUACUGAACAUAUAUAAUGAAAUGUAUGAAAUGAAAUAUACUGCAAUACAUAAAAAUAAUAAUAU